AUGAGUGAGAACAAAGUUAUCUUGUAUGAAAAAAACGGCUUCAGGGGCCUGAGCUUAGAGCUCACCAGUUCUGAGAUUAACCUGGCGAAACAGAACUUUGCCUGUGCUGCUUCUUCUCUGCGUGUCAUUGGCCAGCCCUGGGUAGCUUACAAUGACAUUAACUUUCAAGGUGACAAUCAUGUGUAUGAGGAGGGCAGUUACAGCAGUAUUGAUUUGAAUAACAUCAUAUCUAUGAUGCUCAUCUCUGCAAGUCUGGAGAACCCAGCUAUAAAACUCUUUGAAGGUCCAAACUUUACCGGAAAGUCCCUUGUUGUUAAAGAAGCAGCUAUUCUGGAUUAUGGAAUGUUGGAAUUUGGGGCCUUUUCUUGGCAGGUGCUGAGUGGGGCCUGGAAAAUGUGUGAUGAAAUAAUGGACAACCCCAAAUACAGAGUUUCAAAGGUGGGUGACUAUGUAAAGCACAGUACUGAUAUAGGUUUGCAGCAUUCAGUGAGAGUUCUGCAUCCCCUGAAGCAUGGCAAGCCAAAAUAUACAGCAAAUAUCCAGUGGGACAGAAAAGAAGAACUAAGUUCAAAAGUGAGUCAGCUGGAUGAACUGAUUGCUGUGAAUAAAUCCAAGUUUGCUCAGAAGUUCACCCAUAGGUCUGGUAGGGAAUACACCUCCAGCAUUGACCUGGAAAUGAACUUCAGCAGUGAAACCAAAAUUCAAUUUGGGUCUAAAAUCAUCAUCCCAUUAAGUGCAGAGUUAAGUUCUAAGCUGUCUAAUACAAUGAGCUUUAAGAAAGGGAAAACUGAGCGUACAACCAGCACCGUCACCAGCUCGGUGAGCAUUCCUGUUAUAGUGCCAGCAAGGACCAAGGUGACAAUCAGAGUCUUGAGAAAGGACGUGGCUUAUACUGUUCCUGUUGAAAUUGUUAUAGAAAGAAACAAGAUAACAAAGACAGAAUAUGCAACACUUGUCUGCCGAGACGGGACGGAUGUACAUGUCUCCCGGCAUGAUGAGCUCUUUAGUUAA